AUGGUCUCGACACUCAUUUUACUACAAUGUUCCGUUGUCUCAAUAGCGACUGCAUAUGCAGCCGUUAUUGAUACUUCGAAUAAGGAUCCACUAUCUGUAGCUAAAGACAACGGUUUGGCUAUAGAACAAGAGUUUAGGUUCCCGAUUGGGAGAUCACCAAGAUCUCAGGCGAAAACUCCAUUCCCUGAGUGGUUAACUGCCUUCACAGGUUUAACUGAAUGGCCAGGUUCCAAUCCACCUUACAUUCCGUUGGAUUUCAUUGAUUUCGACAAGAUUGAGAAAUGGGAACCGUACAAAGAGGGUAGAUGUAACGUGAACCCGAGGGAAUCGUGCUCUUUUGAUUGUCACAAAUGUGUUGAACCCGAUGAUGUUCAUUCUUGUGAGAAACUAUCUCAAACUUUCGAUGAUGGGCCAUCUCAUCAUACUUUAACACUAUUAGAUCAUUUGAAGCACAAGACUACUUUUUUCACCCUUGGUAUGAACGUUGUGGAUCAUCCGGAAAUAUACCGUAAGAUCAUGGAAAAGGACCAUUUGAUUGGUACACAUACUUGGUCACAUCCUUUCUUACCAAGUUUAACCAAUGAAGAAAUUAUUGCUCAAUUAGAAUGGUCUAUAUGGGCCAUGAACGCGACCGGAAACCAUUUGCCGAAAUGGUUUAGACCUCCUUAUGGGGGGAUCGACAACAGGGUUCGUUCCAUUGCAAGACAGUUUGGAUUACAAUCGGUGCUUUGGGAUCAUGAUACUUUGGAUUGGUUGACCGUCUCUAAUCCUUUCCUAAGAUCCGAAUCUGAUAUUUUGAAUGAUGUCAAAUUAUGGGAACGCACCUCUUCCGGUUUGAUCCUUGAACAUGAUGGUAACAGGAAAACCGUUGACAUUGCAAUGAAGAUAGAUAACAUCAUUGGGGAUGACCAGAUGACCGCUGCGGAGUGUUUCAACGGAAUCAAUUACAUUAAGGAGUUCGACAUUUGA